GCAGGUCGAGACGGGUGGUCCAAAGAAAACUCCCCCUCCGCUGUAGUGGGUCGCCGAGCAGAGCGCCAGCACGAGUCCGAGUCCACCAGACCACCGCUCGGCCAAUCCCAAGAGAGAGGAGACCAACGCGCCCGCACACGCAAACCAACCAACCACUUCUCUUCCCGCGGCCGUCACCGAUGUUUCCGCGUUACUCCCCGCACGCCCCCGCAGCCCUGCUCCGCUCGCCGCUUUAUAAACGAGCUGCCCCGGCUCAGUCCUCCUCCACCCACGCACGCACACAAGCACGAACGCGCCAGCACCUCCACGCCCGCCGCCACCACUAAGCUCCGCUCCGCUGCCCACCGGCGGCUCCAAGAUCGACGCGACGAUGGGCUUCCCCGUGGGGUACUCGGAGAUGCUGCUCCCGCGCGCGCUGCUGCAGGUGCUCCUCCUCCUGGGGCACCUCCACCGCUUCCUCCUCUGGGCCUUCCACGCCGUGGGGCUCGGCGACCUCAUCGACCUCGGCUGCAACGAUUACCCCGCGCCGCCCUCCGCGGCGCUGGCAGAGCGAACCGGGCGCGACGCGAGCGCGACGCUGCAGCACCGGCGGUCGGAGUUCAGGCCCGUACCGGCGGUGCUCGUCGAGGAGGCGCUCCCCGUGGUGCGGUUCGAGGAGCUGGCGGGCGCGGCGUGCGGGGGCGGCGACUGCGCGGUGUGCCUGAGCGGCAUCGGCGCCGGCGACGAGGUGCGGCGGCUCAGCAACUGCCGCCACGCCUUCCACCGCGGCUGCCUCGACCGCUGGAUGGCGCACGACCAGCGCACCUGCCCGCUCUGCCGCGCGCCGCUCAUGCCGGGGGCCGCCGCCGCGGGGGACCCCAGCUGGGCCGCCGCCGCAGCCGCGCCGUGGGCCGACGCCGCCGACCACGACAUGUCCUACCCGUCGUCCCUGCCGUCGACGCCGCUGCUGAUGGUGCCCACCCCGACGCUGCUGCGGCCGCACGAGCUGCUGCUCAGCGGCCUGGGCGGCUUCCAGUGAGCCGCGGCCGCUGCGCGGCCGGCGGACUGGCAGGUCACGCGGAUCCGUGGCGAGGCAAACCGCGUCGUCAUGUGCGGCCCACACCGGCCGGUCGGUCGGUCAGACGGGUGACCGCCGCCAAAGCUGCUCAACCACCACCCAAGUCUGCUGCAGUAGCGCACGGUUGGCCUCGUGCCAUCAUCGUCUUCGCCGGCCUCGGCAUGUCGGCCGGCGAAAGUCGAAAGCAACGGCAAAGGAGACCGCCCCGGUUUUUACAGCGGCUCCGGAAAGGAAAAGGAGUGAAAAAAGAAAAAAAAUUAGGAAAUUAAUUAACCAAGUAGGUUGCUGUGUAGUAGGCCGAUUCCGUCUUCCAAGCCAGUGGAGUUGCGAAUCUUUUUGCAGAUGAAAUGAAAUUUGUUGAACAUGAACUCUGAAA